GUUUCUGAUGUCAACAUGAAGCCAGAAAAAAGUCGGAAAAGCAGGCGGUUAGAAAUAACGUGCAGCGUUAAGUUAGUCCUGUUUGAUAACAAAUCUGGAAGCCAUCUUUAUCCCUGCUCUCUCUCUCUCUCUCUCCGUUGUUUCUUUCAGACUCAGCUGGAGCUGGACAAAUACUUCCCCCACACCGGCGCUCCUCUCCUGACUCUCCCACCCGACCCCACGGACAAGAAGUACAGACGAGAGAGCGCCUCGGUGGUGGACGAGUACUUCUCCGAGGACAAACCCGCCACGCCGUACAGCCUCAACAUCAACGUCAUCCUCCCCAGCACCACCCACCUCCGCACGGGCCUCUACCGCUCCAACGCCAAGACCCUGGCGUCGCAUCAGAUCAAAACAGAGCCCGGGCUGGAGGUGCCCUGCUCCAUCCCGACCUCCACAACCCAGUCGCUGCCGGACUUCACCUCGGUGUUCAGCGUCCCGCCCGUUGUCAACAGCGUCUUCAUCAAACCGGAGAUGAGCGCUGGAGGAGCGGCGAGCGGGCCUGCAGGGUCUCAGCAUCAGCAGCAGCAGCAGCAGCAAAACCUGGGCACAGAGCUUCACAUCGGACCCCACCCCCCACAGCCACAGGUCUACCACAUGCCCAUCACCAGCUGCGCCGACCUCACUAUGACUUUGUCCCACACCAGCCCGUCGGCGCACGUCUCCGCAGGCGGCAGGACCAUCAUGAACAUUGGCGGCGUUUCAUUGCCGACGGCCAACGGCAAUUACCUGAUGGCAGAGCACCAGCUGCAGCAGCACCACCACGGUUACUACCAGCACUCCCCGAGCCACACGACGGCCCCCCACAGUCUCCCGCCUUCGCCCCCGAACUCUCAGCCGGGGAGCCCAGACGAUCAGGCGGAUUUGCUGAGCUUAGUGACACAAGCUCCGCCUCCUUAUCAGCAGCGCCUGGGGGGAAUGAAGGUGACGGGGUUGUCCCAUCACGCCAUGCUGAUGACGCACGGCCAGGGCGUGCUCACGGGACCCAAAUACAACCGACGGAACAACCCGGAGCUGGAGAAGAGGAGGAUCCACUUCUGUGACUUCCAAGGCUGCACCAAAGUUUACACAAAGAGCUCUCAUCUCAAGGCGCACCAAAGGACGCACACAGGGGAGAAACCGUACCGCUGUACGUGGGAGAACUGUGACUGGCGCUUCGCCCGAUCGGACGAGCUCACCAGACACUACAGGAAACACACCGGGGCCAAACCCUUCAAGUGCGUCGCCUGCAGCCGCUGCUUCUCGCGCUCCGAUCACCUGGCCCUGCACAUGAAACGCCACCAGAACUAACUCACCACAGACACACCUGUAUAUAACACAUCCGAAAACACAUGCAAUCACACACAAAACAGUUUCUAUACACGACGGCCUCCUAAAGAAAACGUGAGCAGACACAGCACCAGAAUCGCCUCUGUGCACCUGUUUUUAAAUCUGACGCUCAACGCUAACAUCAGCUGAGUGAUGGAAUCAAAAUGGAUCCAAAGAAGGAAAAGAAAACUUUCAGGGAGAGAACAGUUUUCCAUUUUCUGCUUUCUGAUAAAAAAAACCCGUUGACCCGCUGACUGUCAGUCCACACGGCGUUUGUGGACGACUUAGCAGCAGAGCUGAUGAGCCACCUCAGGAGCUCAGAGGUGAUUUUGGUGUCUGUUGUCGUCACUGAACAGGCGUCGAUUCAUAACGCACACUGGUUGAACUCAAAUCAAUGCACAAUAAAAACACACAUCCACACCUACACUCAUGCAUCAUUACAUCUGAACUGUGGGGGGUCAGGCUCCUAACCAAGCAUCCAGGACUCCGUUUGAUCACAUCCUGGACUCUCUCUCUUCUACAUGAACUUUUUGUUUAUCCUACAAAUCUGCUGCCAUCUUCUUCCUCCUCUUCCUCGUCAUCAUCACUGUCGCCAUCUUUUAUUAUUCGAGGUUUUUUAACUUUGCUCCCCUCCAUCCUGCCUUUUGUAAAUACUUGUUUAUAAAUAUGUGUGAUUGUGUGUCUGAGAAUACGAAGUGAAUGUAUCGAGAUUUAUACUUGACUUUUUUUUUUUUUUACAUUAAAUGUUAAUAUGAUGAGUGAGAUUCCAUGUUGAAACGUCCUUGUGACACAAUCUCCCUUCAAGGGCCCUUAAGGAGGAAAAAAAAAAACGAGGAAUAAUCAUCGGACACGAUCAGAAAAAACCUUUUCAU